AGACCUGAAAUUGAGUUAUAAAAAACCCUUCGUCGAUCGUGAGAGACUAACCUUAUGAAAACAGCCCAGGGAUAUCGUAAUUACUAAUAACGAGUCCAGUGGGCAGUACUCAUUAAAACUUUUAGCUGGUGGGGCGUUAUACAGGUCUGGUCUGCAAGCGAGCAGGAUGAACUUGCUUAUAAGUCUGACCUUUUGGGGUCUUCUCGCAUCGUUACACGCCAAAGAUACCUCCUAUAAAAAAGGUCAUGUUCUCCCAAAAAAGGCAUCUCAGAAUAGCAACAAGCGUCAAUUGGGAUCUAAUCACGAGCAUUACAACGUGCUCCGUCAAAUGGCAACACGAGCGGAUUCAGGAAAUAAAAGAAGCGAAGUACAACCGAUCGCAGCUGGGACCUUCAAGAUCAACGACGGCGGUGUAGUAGGUGAUUUGGCUUAUAAAGUUGGAAAGGAUAGCAAGGUGGACAUCGACCUGAAGAUAAGGAUCACACCAAAAGAGUCGGGGUGUGGUGGGGAAGGGGGAGGUAGUACCCCUACUCCAGCACCGGGAGGUGGCUUUAGUACCCCUACUCCAGCACCGGGAGAUGACGAAAUCGCGUUAGCGCUCCACAACAGAUUCCGCCAAGUGCAUAACUCCCCGCCCAUGACCCUCAAUGAAUUAUUGUCCGAUGCUGCAAGACAAUACGCCGAAAAACUUGCACAAUUGGGUUACCUUGAAGACUCUCCCGAGGGGGAGGGGGAAGGAAUUGGCGAGAACCUUUCCAUGGGAUGUUCUGUCGAUCAGGGAGAAACAACAGAAGAAGUCAUCACUAAAUGGUAUAAUGAGGUUUGUACUCCCGGUUACACGUUUGGCGGGGGGAAUGGCACUGCCGGUACUGGCCACUUUACGCAGGUUGUAUGGAAGGGAAGCACGGAACUAGGGGUUGGCAAGGCGUCCGCUGAACAGCGUGGCAUGAUUUGCACCUACCACGUCGCGAGAUACAAAGAUGCAGGAAAUAUUCAAGGAGAGUACGACACAAAUGUGGAGAAGGGCAGCUUCGAUAGGCAAGCAUACUGCUCACAAUUGAGCAAAUAAAGCUAAAGGUCUCAAACCAGCUUGCAGAAAGAAGAAAGUAAAAUAAAUUAUUCUUUUGCGCUCUUAACCCGUAAAUGCAAGUCAUUCGAUCGCUGCAUAUCCAUAAGAAAUAAACGCAAUAAUAAUCAUCAGAAAUAAACGCAAAACUGGAAAUCAA